AUGGGUCCGUCAUCUCCAGAGAAUUUUUUACCCUUCAAAGAACCAAAUGACCAUUCAAAAGUAAUCAGGGUGGAUAGAGGAUUCGGUCUUCUACUUGAGGUCCCUACUUCUCCAAUCCCAACUCCAGCAUAUGUCAGUGUAUCUGAUGUCGCUGACAAGGAUGUUAGGAAAUUGGAAAAAAACUUCAAGCAAGGGAGCCAUGUUCGUGCUCGGAUUCUUGGAUUUAGGCACUUGGAAGGGCUCGCUAUGGGUGUUUUAAAGAGUAGCGCCUUUGAAGGUUCAGUUUUCACUCACUCCGAUGUGAAGCCUGGCAUGGUGGUAAGAGCUAAAGUAACUGUUGUGGACAAUUUUGGGGCCAUUGUUCAAUUUCCCAGUGGUGUCAAGUCACUUUGUCCCCUUCGACAUAUGUCAGAGUUUGAAAUAGCAAAGCCUAGAAAAAAGUUUCAGGUUGGAGCUGAACUACAGUUCCGUGUGCUUGGAUGCAAGUCCAAGAGAAUCACUGUUACUCACAAGAAAACACUAGUAUGCUUUUCCAGACUUACCAUGAACAAGCUUAUAAACUUUAAAGAACUCCUUUAAAACUUAAAUUAGAAGUUCAAACC